AUGCAACCAUCUACGUCUCUCCAAUCACCGGCAACGAAUAUCUGCAGAAGGUUGCCAGCAGUCUGCAUCCUGUGGUUAGUCUGGUUGGACAGAUUCGUGCGGUGGGCAUCAAGCCACUACCAACCGGAUUGCUGGUUCAGACAUCAUCCACGAAGCUGGGGCUCCCACCCCAAGCUUGGUCUUCCGGGUUGGCGGAAUUCCAGGGUAAGGUAG